CCAAAUCCUUAAAACCCUAAGCACUGUAUGGCUCGUUUGAUUCGAAUUGCUCAAACUAGUCUUCGGAAUUGUUCAUCUGGUUCACCCAAAACCCCAAUCAAUGGGCAUCCGAAUCCUCCUCUGCUGCAAUUUCACAGCAGACCUUACGCUUCUGAGGCACUCCCCACAUCGCCCUUGACUGCCAACAUCCUUAGAAUCCUCCGCACUGAGAUCGAGUACCGGUCCGAAUCUGCUCCUCCUCAUCAGCCUCCUACAAAAUUCAAUUCUUUUGUGGUGGAAGACCGGCCCGGUGAGCAGUGGAUUACAAUGAGAAGUAAAUUUGGAGACAGUGAAGAGAUUAAGAUUGAAGUUACUAUGUUUGAUGGAUAUGAAUCUGUUCCCAAGACUAGAGAUGACAGCUAUGGGCAAGAUUUGCAUCUUCAUAUUAGUGUGCUUGUUGAAAUUUCCAAGGGUGAUGGCUCCAGUGAUCUCGAGUUUCUCUGCUCUGCCUGGCCUGACCGUUUGGAGGUUCAGAAGGUUUAUGUUCUUAACCGUGGUAGAAUGCCUGCUAAGCCUUAUUUGGGGCCCGAUUUCAGGGAUGUGAAUAAGGAGAUUCAAAACAAGCUUUGUGGUUAUUUAGAAGCGCGGGGAGUAAAUGAUGAGCUUUCUUUUUUCUUGCAUCAGUAUAUGAUGAACAAGGAUAGAAUAGAACUUAUCCGUUGGUUGGGGAAUCUCAAAUUGGCUGUGGAGAAAUAGAAUGGUACAUUUGUAAGACCUCAAGUUACAGUUGAUAGGUAGUCAUCUGUUCUCUUUCUGAUGGCAUUGAUAGGACUUAUAUAUUCCGCACAAGAUUGGUUGUUCUUUGCUUUAUUUGAAAAGCAUUACUUCCAAGUGUCGAGGUAUGUAAAGCAGUUAUCUCCCAGAAAUUGAGUAUCGGUGGUCAGCAACUCAGUGUUUCUGAUCGUAUGGAACUAGUACAAGCAAAGUGAUGAAACAUUGUCAUUUUCAAAGGUGCACAGAUCUGUAGUCCUUCACGUCUGUCUUGGUUUACAUAGGUCUUUCAAUGCUGAUAUCCAGCCAUAUGUUAACCUGUAAGUAUAGCAUCGUUGUCUUUGUUUACAUUGUUCACUGAACGCUGAUACUUGCCCACUUGUUAACCUGUAAGUCUUACCUCAUUGCAUUACAAACAUGUAUUCGUUGGAAUACUCUAUCAUAUGACCCUUUGGGAAUGCGU